AUGUUAACAUAUAAUGAUGGAACAAUUAGUCAUAAUGAUAGUCAAACAUCAUCAAGCGACCCAUCAACAAGUGCUGAAGAAGCAACAAGUUUUGAUACAACUGAUGAAGACUCAUCAAAUGCUAAAUCAACAGAUGAAUCCUUCACGAAUGAAUAUACGAAUCCACAUCGAUGUAAUCUUAAAAAAAGAUCAAAAUUUGUUUGA